AUGUCUCAGCCGAUUACUGACGACAAGGCUACUAUGUCCGAUGUAGAAGCAGCUAGCCAAAAUGAAAAGAAGAAUGUUGCAUCCGGCGCCCCAGCUGACGUCGACAAAGCGGCGGGCUUUCUGUUGAACACCGAGGGAUACGAUAAUCUUACACCAGAGGCAGAGAAGAAACUGAAGCAGAAGAUCGAUUGGAUCAUGAUCCCAAUGGCACUUGACAAAGUUGCCUUGGGCACCUCGGCGCUUUAUGGUCUCAAAGAGACCAACCACCUCGUGGGUCAACAGUACAGCUGGCUCGGUUCUAUUCUAUCCUUGGGUGCUAUCGUUGGAAUGCCUCUCUCGUCGUACCUCAUCCAACGGUUGCCUAGUGCAAAAUACCUAUGCGCCUGCUCUAUUGGAUGGUCGGCCAUGUCUUUACUAAUGCCUGCUUGCUCAAACUUCGCGGGUCUUGCAGCUCUUAGAUUUCUCAUGGGGAUGUUUGAAGCAAUUAUCGUUCCUGGAAUCAGUCUUAUCAUCGCAGGCUUCUACAGAAAGGACGAACAGCCACCUAGAAACGCGCUUGUGUUUGCAGCGGCGAGUUCAAUCGUCAACGGCUUUCUCUCAUGGGCUAUCGGCCAUGUGCCCGCAUCUGCCCCUCUACAUAUUUGGCAGUACCUCUUCCUUCUUACUGGAUCAAUCUCCAUGCUUUGGUCUAUAUUCGCAUUUAUCUAUCUCCCAGAUGAUCCGAUGAAUGCCAAGUUUCUCAACAAAGAGCAGAAGUACCACGCUGUUCGACGUCUAGCAGCCAACAAGACCGGUAUCGUCAACAAAAAGUUCAAGAUAGAGCAGGCAAGGGAAGCAUUCCUUGACCCAAAAACUUGGAUCUUAUUCUUUUUUAACAUUGCCAUCAAUAUUCCAAACGGAGGUCUUACGACAUUCGGUGGAUUGAUUAUUGCCGGUCUUGGUUUCUCUGGCAUUAAUGCUUCUCUUCUUAGCAUGCCAACAGGAGUGAUGUCUACCCUCGCUGCCUUCACCUUCUCCCUUGCCGCUGCUAAAUGGAAUAAUCGCCGCUGUCUUGUUACUAUCAUCGCAUGUGUAAUUCCAAUUGUUGGAGCUGCCAUAGUCUAUGCAGUCCCCCGCACGAAUUUGGGGGGCCAGAUGGUCGGCUUAUAUUUGAUGUAUACUUACUUCGGCCCAUACGUCGUCGGAAUCUCUCUCGCGCAAGCAAAUACUGCUGGUCAUACUAAAAAGACUGUUGUCUUCGCCAUACUGUAUAUAGGGUACGCUGUGGGUAACUUAAUAGGCCCUCAAACCUUCCGGGAAUCACAAGCACCAGCUUACACUGGAGGGUUUAUUGCCAUGAUUGCCUGCUACUGUGUCUGUAUUGGUCUCAUGGCCUUGUAUUGGGCCCUGGCUGUUAUGCAGAACAGGAAGAUUGAUGCGCAGGAAAGCACCGGAGCUGACUUGCUGGAUGGAUUCACGGAUUUGACAGAUCAGCAGCAGGAAGGCUUCCGCUACACCACGUAA